AACAGACUUCAUAAGGUGGCCUGAGUACUGACAUCCUCUGUUGGUCUUUAUGAUGUUGAUCCUGAUUGGAUUUUGCCAUCAGAAUACCAGAAUUGGCAGGUCAGCACUGAUGCCCUUUGCUUUUUAGAGAUGAGAGCAGACCCUGACCAUAUGUGACAGAGUCUGGAGAAGCCGUGUAGAACGUUAUGCUGCCUGUAACAUCGUUCAGUAUAAUCAGUUUGGUACUGGGUCAGUGAUGGUCUGGGGAUCCAUAUUCAUGGAGGGACACACAGACCUCUACAGGCUAGGCAACGGCACCAUGAUUGCCAUUUGGUAUCGGGAUGAAAUCCUUGGACCCAUUGUCAGACCCUACUGCCCUAGUGCCCGACCUCAUGUAGUGAGAGUAGAGCAGUGUGAUCCAGUUGAUUUCAUUUACUGCCCCCGAGACUCGCCUGACCUAAAUCCAAUAGAACACCUGUGGGACAUUAUGUUUCGGUCCAUCCGACACCACCAGGUUGCACCUCAGACUGUCCAGGAGCCCGGUGAUGCCCUGGUCCAGCUCAAGAGGAAACAACCCCCAGGACGGGGACCAUACAAACUACUGAGAAAUGCUGCCCGCAGCCGUGGAGGGGGGAAUGGAUUUAUCUUCACUCCUGCUUGUUUUAUUACAUCAGAGGCAUUUCUCAGCAGACUGAUGAAAGGCAAAGCAGCAGAGGCAGACGGCAACAUUUAUCGCCUUCCAGCCUCAGUUCCGCCAGACAGCGGUGAACAGUUGUCUCUGUUACUGAAACAUCCAGAUCAACCUGAAAACUCAAAGGUUUUGAAAGUGGCAAUAAUAGGUGCCCCAAAUGCUGGGAAAUCCACAUUGUCCAAUCAGCUCCUUGGCAGAAAGGUGUUUGCCGUGUCCAAGAAAGUACACACUACACGGUCACGUGCACUGGGUGUCCUAACAGAGGAAUACACACAGAUAAUCUUGCUUGAUACUCCUGGUCUCACUACUCCAUCAAAGGUCAAAAGACACCAGCUGGAGAAGUCUUUGCUUGUGGAUCCCUGGAACACGGUCAAAGAAGCUGACCUAAUGGUAGUCAUGGUGGAUGUGGCAGACAAAUGGAUGUCCAGCAGGCUUGACUUUGAGGUGCUGAAAUGCCUGGCCCAGCACCCAGAUAUUCCAGCAGUCCUAGUCCUGAAUAAGGUGGACCUCGUGAAGGCUAAAGAUAGACUGCUGGAUAUCACGGCUCAGUUGACGUGUGGAGUGGUGAAUGGACGCAAAAUGCGGAUCAGGCCAGUGAUCAAGCCCCCGUGGGCAGAGAAAAGGUCAGAAAGGGCUUCAGAGGACGAGGAAAACGCAGCACCCGAGGAUGGGAGUGAGCCGACCUCUGCGCUGAGCAAAGAACAGCUGAAGACACUGAGAAACCAGCAGGGCUGGCCUCAUUUCAAGGACGUGUUCAUGCUGUCGUCAGUGGACAGAGAGGACGUGGACACUCUGAAGAGCUACUUCAUGGUUGCUGCCAAGCCAGGAUCAUGGCAAUAUCACAGUGAAGUCCUGACUGACCAAAGUCCAGAGGAGGUCUGCACUAACAUCAUCAGAGAGAAGCUUCUGGAGUAUCUGCCCCAGGAAGUGCCCUAUUCAAUGACACAGUCUGUUGAACUCUGGCAAGAUGGAGAAGAUGGAGAGCUUGAUAUUUCUGUGAAACUUUACACAAAGAAAGAAACCCACAUGAGGAUGGUGAUCGGCACAGCUGGACAGAUGGUAGCACGGAUCGCACGAGAAGCGAGCGAGGACCUGAGCAGAGUGUACCUGAGGGAAGUCAGGUUGAAGCUCUCAGUUAAGCUGAAAAAGUGAAAAUGGAUGAAGGACUUGCAAUAGGAAGAGAAAAGGACAGACCUCUCAUCAUGAGUUUGAUAUGGAGCUGUGACUUAACAUAUAAAAUAUUCUAGACCCAGAACUCCUUUGACCUGACACCUCUCUGAAGAAGAGGAAUUGUACUAUAAAUUGUGACUUUUGCAGCCUCCUUUCAUCUCGUGCAUUAUUAAAGCUUUUACAUAGAGAUGUUACAGAAUGCGGUUCACAGAGUGAUGUUGAAGUGCAAAGAGCCCCUUAGUUUUUCUGCAAAAAAAGUGUUGAUUAAAUGCAGCUUACACAAGCCACAGAACCCCCCCCCCGAAUUUGUGUUUGUUUGGUUUUUUUUUAUUAAGCACUGAUAUAUUUUCAGUAACAAACAUGACAUAGAUUCCCAUCAAAUGAGUGUUUUGACACAAGUUUGACAGUGUGCUCAUGGCUGAGCAGGUUUGGCGAGCUGUGAAAAAGCCGAUGGUUUAUCUUUGGCUCUCAGAGCUUUUUACUUGGCGGGCGCCUCGUGCAAACACGGGCUGUAGAUAAA